AUCAGUAUCUCUGACUAGAAGCUGCAUCCCAUUGGAUGUUAAAGGACAGCCCACAAAAAAAGGGGAAAAGAGGAUGGAAGAGGAGAACUGGACAUCACAAAGACUAAACUAUUUAAGGCAGCUCUUAUUCAUAAACUCAGCUUAGAUAGUUAGGGAACUCUGGACUAGACUGAAAUAAUACUACCUGCCUAAAGUAUUUAUCAGGGUCAUUUGCUGCAUCCUUGUGAAAGAACCAAGGCCUUUUACUUGGUUGGAAUGGCAAAAACUAAAGACUCUAAGGUGGAGGAGAGACCCAAGUGGGACAACAAGGUUCAGUACAUGUUGACGUGUAUUGGCUUUGCAGUGGGACUUGGAAAUGUCUGGCGUUUUCCUUACCUGUGCCAAAUCUAUGGAGGAGGUGCAUUCCUCAUCCCCUACCUGAUAGCGCUGGUGUUUGAGGGCCUCCCAUUGCUCUACCUGGAGUUGGCCAUAGGACAGAGACUCCGCAAGGGCAGCAUUGGUGUCUGGAACUCCAUCUCACCACUUCUGGGUGGAGUCGGAAUUGCCUCCAUGUUGGUGUCAUUUCUGGUGGGUAUUUUCUACAACACCAUCCUGGCGUGGGUGCUUUGGUACUUUUUCCACUCUUUCCAAAACCCUUUGCCAUGGAGCCAGUGUCCACUCAAUGAUAACCAAACAGACUACAAUGUGGAAUGUCAGCGGAGCAGUCCAGUGAAUUACUUCUGGUAUCGUGAGACCUUGAACAUCACACCAAACAUCGAGACCAAUGGUUCCCUUCAGUGGUGGCUGGUCAUCUGUCUGGCCAGUGCUUGGUGCGUGGUCUACAUCUGUCUUAUCAAAGGGAUAAAGUCCAUGGGAAAGGCUGUGUACGUUACAGCCACUUUCCCAUACCUGGUGCUUACUAUUUUCCUAAUCCGUGGCCUCACUCUGCCGGGAGCUACUGAUGGACUUCUGUACCUCUUCACUCCUGAUUGGGAUAUACUCAAAAAUCCCCGCGUGUGGCUGGACGCUGCAACCCAGAUCUUCUUCUCUCUCUCUGUAGCCUUUGGGGGUCUCAUCGCUUUCUCCAGCUAUAACGAAGAGAGAAACAACUGUGAGAGGGAUGCUAUUUUGGUUGGAAUAAUAAAUAGUGCCACCUCUCUCUAUGCCUCCAUUUCCGUCUUUGCCAUCCUUGGAUUCAAAGCAACUACUGCCUUCAACUCAUGUCAACAGGACAACAUCUUGACUCUGACCAACCACUUUGAGAUUCCAGACCAGAGCAUAACAUUAGAGACCUACGACCAGUGGUUCGAGCAUUUAAAUAACACAUAUCCAAAUGAGAUUGCCAACUUGCCCCUGUGGCACUGUGACCUGCAAACAUAUCUUGGCCAGUCCGCAUCAGGUACCGGUCUAGCUUUUAUUAUAUUCACUGAAGCCGUCAUAGAGAUGCCAGGCUCACAGGUAUGGGCCGUGUUAUUCUUCGUGAUGCUCUUCAGCCUGGGCCUUUCCUCCAUGUUCGGAAACAUAGAGGGAGUACUCACACCCAUCAAUGACCUCAAACUACUGCCAAAGUGGAUCCCUAAUGAAGUCUCAACAGCGAUAAUCUGCUUGAUAUCCUUCCUAACGGCUCUCAUCUUCACGCUCGGUUCGGGAAACUACUGGGUGGAGGUGUUCAACAACUACGUUGGCUCUGUGCCUCUGCUCAUCAUUGCAUUCUUUGAGUUCGUUGGAGUCAUUUAUGUCCAUGGAAUGAAAAAUUUCAGUGAAGAUAUUUAUUUCAUGACUGGGUCGAGACCCAACAUUUUCUGGAGACAAUGCUGGCUGUGGAUCAGUCCUCUGUUACUCCUGACUGUGUUGGUUGCCUACGUGAUUGUCCAGGCACAGGAAUAUCCUGUCUAUCCUGCAUGGAAGGCAGAUAGGGAACCCUUUCCUGGCACUGAAACACUGCCCUACCCAGAGUGGGUGUUUGCCAUCAUCAUCCUUCUCUGUGUCGUUCCUGUGCUUCCCAUCCCUCUGGUCGCGCUCUACAGACUGAUCUUACGCAGCACCAAGAAGUCCUCUGCUCGCGCUGACCUAAACCCCUACUCCAACGACGGCUUUGAGAUUGAAACACAGGAAGCUUGCAACGAGAACACUUAGGAAACACAGGCAACCAUGUUAACAUGUUUUCUGAAAAGAAAAAAAGGAGAUCUUAAUGGUACGCCAGAAUCUGUGGAAUUCUGGAGAACUGACUCAUAAUUGUUGUGUACUGUUAUAUUUACAAUCAUUUGUAUCAGGCAUUGAUUUGACAGAUGACAACUCAAAUUUGCUCUUUCAAUAACAAAUCUGGAUUUAUUCAA